AUGGCCUUGCGGCUCCUGAAGCUGGCAGCGACGUCCGCGUCCGCCCGGGUCGUGGCGGCGGGCGCCCAGCGCGUGAGAGGAGUUCAUAGCAGUGUGCAGUGCAAGCUGCGCUAUGGAAUGUGGCAUUUCCUGCUUGGGGAUAAAGCAAGCAAAAGACUGACAGAACGCAGCAGAGUGAUAACUGUAGAUGGCAAUAUAUGUACUGGAAAAGGCAAACUUGCAAAAGAAAUAGCAGAGAAACUAGGCUUCAAGCACUUUCCUGAAGCGGGGAUUCAUUAUCCAGACAGUACCACAGGAGAUGGGAAGCCCCUCGCCGCCGACUAUAAUGGCAACUGUAGUUUGGAGAAAUUUUACGAUGAUCCGAGAAGCAAUGAUGGCAACAGUUACCGCCUGCAGUCCUGGUUGUACAGCAGUCGCCUGCUGCAGUACUCGGAUGCCUUGGAGCACUUGCUGACCACAGGACAAGGUGUUGUGUUGGAGCGCUCCAUCUUCAGUGACUUUGUGUUCCUGGAGGCGAUGUACAACCAGGGAUUCAUCCGAAAGCAGUGUGUGGAUCACUACAACGAGGUGAAGAGCGUCACCAUCUGCGAUUACCUGCCCCCCCACCUGGUGAUUUACAUCGAUGUGCCCGUUCCAGAGGUCCAGAGGCGGAUUCAGAAGAAAGGAGAUCCACAUGAAAUGAAGAUCACCUCUGCCUAUCUGCAGGACAUUGAGAAUGCCUAUAAGAAAACCUUUCUCCCUGAGAUGAGUGAAAAAUGUGAGGUUUUACAGUAUUCUGCAAGGGAAGCUCAAGAUUCAAAAAAGGCGGUAGAGGACAUUGAAUACCUGAAGUUCGAUAAAGGGCCGUGGCUCAAGCAGGACAAUCGCACUUUAUACCACCUGCGAUUACUGGUUCAGGAUAAGUUUGAGGUGCUGAAUUACACAAGCAUUCCUAUCUUUCUCCCGGAAGUCACCAUUGGAGCUCAUCAGACUGACCGUGUCUUACAUCAGUUCAGAGAGCUGCCGGGCCGCAAGUACAGCCCUGGGUACAACACCGAGGUGGGAGACAAGUGGAUCUGGCUGAAGUGA